GAGCAGAAACAGCAGUAGCUCCAGCGGCAGAACGGCCACAGCAGCCCACAACCAGCAACAUGACCUCUUCUGGAAUGAACAUGAUGAGCAGGAUCAUCUUCUACGAGGACAGGAACUUCCAGGGUCGUUCCUACGAGUGCAUGAACGACUGCCCUGACAUGUCGUCCUACCUGAGCAGGUGUCACUCCUGCAGGGUGGAGAGGGGCUGCUUCAUGGUGUACGACCGCUCCAACUACAUGGGCAACCAGUACUUCAUGAGGAGGGGCGAGUACGCUGACUACAUGAGCAUGAUGGGCAUGAGCGACAGCAUCAGGUCCUGUCGUAUGAUCCCCAUGUACCGCGGCAACUACAGAAUGAGGAUCUACGAGAGGGAGAACUUCAGUGGUCAGAUGUACGAGCUGAUGGACGACUGCGACAACAUAAUGGACCGUUACCGCAUGAACAACUGCAUGUCCUGCAACGUGAUGGACGGCCACUGGCUCAUGUACGAGCAGCCCCACUACAGAGGCAGGAUGAUGUACUUCCGCCCUGGAGAGUACAGGAACUUCAUGAACAUGGGCUCGAGCGGGAUGAGGUUCAUGAGCAUGAGGCGCAUCACUGACUCCUGCUACUAGACCAACGCUACUGCACUAAAUAAAGCUGUCAACAUUUA